AUGCUCAGCUCGAGAAAGGCCGCCAGAUCUUCCCAGAGAUAUCGUCACGAAGUCCCAUCCUCACCUUCCGUGAACUUGGCCACACGUAAAUACUAUGAAGAUGUUCCUCACAAUGCAGAUCAAGCAGACUGGCUAAAGAAGCCGGAACUGCCUACCGCGGAUGAGAUUUUGGGAACUGACCACGAAGACGAAGAUUUCGCUCUUGCUACAAAUCGUAUCCACGGGCCAUGGUUUUCGACCCAGCUGUACCUGGAAACGCACUAUGGCCUCCUCCGAGAAGCCGCCACCGCCAACCUACGUGAUGCAGUCACUACCUUUCGAGCGCGUCCUGGUAUGACGGACAAUAAAAGUUUUGUGAUAUACGAACGGGUCCUUUUAACCCACAUCACUAUGGCUGAUCGAGGGAUGGCCUUCAGAGUGAGUUUUUCCACCAGACGUGCGGGACAGCAAAUUCUUUGGCGCUACUCUUCUCGCCUAAUCGCUGGGAAAGUUGUCGCAUUAUCAUCAGCCUCGGACAAAUUCGCGACGCAAUGUGUGAUUGCGGUGGUAGCAGCAAGACCCAUGGAGGGCGUCAUCAAAAGCCCACCAGAAGUGGACCUUUUCUUCGCUCAAACAGAAGACAUUGAUCCCGACCCUUUGAAAGAAUGGCUGGUGAUUGAGGCACGCUCAGGAUACUAUGAAGCACACAGGCACACGAUGACCGCGCUUCAGAAAUUGUCCCGAGAACGAUUCCCCCUGAGCAACCACAUUUGCGGUCUACAAACCCGACUGGAAGCUCCACAAUAUGUCAAGUCCAGCCCAGUCAUGAAUUUCCAAUCUUUCGCGUCCAAAGGUGCAAACGAGCCAUUGGAAUACGACAUGAUGAAGGGCUUACCGCUUGGUCUCUUUGAGCAUCUCAAUUCCCAUCAACAAAAUGCCUUGCGGCACAUGUUGACCUCAGAUCUGGCAAUCAUUUAG